AUGGGAUCAGACGACAACUCGCCCCAGCCCGUGUCGGACUUUGUUCCUGGAACAGUCCUCCUUGUUGACUUUGAUGGCACCUUAGAAACUCGCCAUGCUCAAGGUCAUCGGGACAUCGUUCUCGUACCAACACCAUCUGAUGAUUCAGAUGAUCCCUUAAACUGGAGCCGAUGGAGAAAGACUCUGCUCAUGGCAACUCUAUGCGUGCAUGUUAAGCCACUGACUCUUGGGAGACAAGGAAUCAUGAUCUGGGCUCCGCAUGCAACGACCAACGGCCAAUGGAUUGCCAACAAGGUCCUCCAAGGGACCUUUGGUGCUCCCAUCGAGUCGCUCUGCGAAAUCUCCGUAUCAGAUGUCUACUUUGCUCACGAGAGAGGCACAUAUAUCGCUUACUACGCCUUGUUCCUUGGAGGCUCAAACUUUGUUGCGCCUGUCAUCUCUGGCUUCAUCAACGACGGACAAGGUUGGGAAUGGGUUCUUCACUGGUGUGCCAUCUUCAAUGCAAUCGCAUUCGUCAUUUGCCUGUUCUUCAUGGAGGAAACAAAAUACAAUCGAAAGGCCACUCCACUCCAUCUCAGCGAUACUGUCGAUCUAAACAAGUCGACCGAGUCUCCUACCGAUGGCAAGAAAGAACUAGAGUCGCAGACUACUUCAAAUGUAGAUGUCGUCAACGGCACCAUUCUCCCCUCCUCCAAGACAUUCCUUGACAAAAUGAAGAUCUUCCGAAGCGAGCAUGUCCAAGACAGCGUCCCUUUGAAGGGAAUGCUAAUUCGACCCUUCAAGUACUUCUCCCUGCCCAUCGUUGUAUUCUGUGGCUUCAUGUACGGCGCUGUUGUCUGCUACUUCAAUGUCCUCAAUGGUACAGCAUCGAUCAUUCUCUCGGCUCCUCCUUAUUCAUUCAAAGCAAGCUCUGUUGGUCUUUGCUACAUCGCUACUGUUAUUGGAGUCUUUAUCGGGUCAUUCUUCUCCGGCCCGAUUGGAGACAAGUUCGUCCUGUACAUGACGCGCCGUAAUAACGGUAUCCGCGAGCCUGAAUACCGACUCUGGCUUUACUCUGUUCUGGGUCUACUCGUACCAGGGGGACUACUACUCUGGGGCGUCGGAGCUGCUCAUGAAGUUCACUGGUCAGGACUCUUGUUCGCCAUGGGAAUCUUGGGUUCCGCGAUCACUGCAGGCUGUCAGCUCCCUCUCAGCUACUGCAUUGACUGCUAUACUGAACUUGGCUCUGACGCCAUUGUCACAAUCAUUCUGAUUCGCAAUACUAUGAGCUUUGCCAUGGGCUACGGUGUCACUCCCUGGGUUACAGGAAUGGGCUAUCAGAAUGCUUUUCUUGUCGCUGCCUUUGUUGCAAUGUCGCAGUUUUCACUUGCCUUUGUCUUCAUCAAGUAUGGCAAACAGCUUCGACGAAACAGUACUGCGAGCUAUUUCAAGUACCUCGAGCAGGUCAAGAACGACGGCCUCAUUCACUAA